AUGCUACUUCGUAAUAUAAAAGUUCCUUCGACUUCAAAUACCUAUCCCAUAUUGCGUACACUCACUCUGCUAAUACUAUGUACGUUAACAUUUGGAAUUCCGACAGAAAUGGUAUCAUUUGCCUCUCAAGAAACUCUGGAAAAAAUAAACCAUCUUCUUCGAGGCUUUGCUAAUCGAGAUUUUGAAAAAUCUGCAGCAUAUUUUGACUAUGACAGCGGUAGCGAUAAGGACCACCAUAAUAUUGAUAUUGAUCCUUUACUUCGACGCCCCAGUUUGACGCCUGAUAGCCGACUCCUAAAAGUCGGCUUGCAUGGCGCUAUUAGCUCCGAUUUGGAGAUUUGUAGUAAUUUAACUAUAAAUGAAGUCUUGUUGAAAUUCCCCGACUCCAACGCUGCAGACGCAGCAGUAACACAAGCUCUUUGUAAAGGUAUGGUAAACUUUUUCAAUAGCGGUAUUGGAGGCGGUGGUUAUGUGGUGUUUUCUGGUAAAAGCGAUGAAGAUCAUUUAUCUAUUGAUUUUAGAGAAAAGGCACCCAUGGGUUCGCAUAAAUUUAUGUUUGAAAAUUGUUCCUUAUGUUCAAAGAUAGGAGGACUUGCGGUUGGUGUUCCCGGAGAACUCAUGGGUCUCUAUCGGUUAUUCAAAGAGAGGGGAAGCGGCCGAGUUGAUUGGUCUGAUUUAAUCGAACCAGUGGCGAAAUUAGGAAUCACCGGUUGGCAAAUAGGUGAAGCACUCGGUGCCACCUUAGAACUUUACGAAGAUGUUUUCCUCACAUUGAAAGAGGAUUGGUCGUUUGUAUUGAACUCAACCCAGGAUGGUGUUUUGAAAGAAGGGGAUUGGAUCAAGAGACCAGCACUAUCCAGUAUGUUAAUGGAACUAGCAAAAAAUGGCACCGUUGCUCCAUUCUAUGACCCUGAUCACUGGAUUGCCAAAUCGAUGGUUAGCACCAUAGAAAAAUACAAUGGAAUAAUGAACUUAGGAGACGUUGAAUCUUAUGAUGUCCACGUUACCAAACCACUGUCCAUGAAAAUCAGGCAGGGUGCAAACUUCAUUCCUGAUAAUGAUAUGACUGUAUUGACAAGUAGCGGUUCAAGUUCUGGGGCUGCACUGCUCGCAGCAUUAAGGAUAAUGGACAAUUUUCAAAAUCAAGAAGGAGGUGAUUACGUGGAAGAAACUACCUACCAUUUGCUCGAAAGCAUGAAAUGGAUGGCAAGCGCGCGAAGUAGAUUGGGCGACUUUCAAGGUGACAAAUUGCCGAAGCAUAUCGAAGAGGUGUUGAAUCCUGAAUGGGCCUUGAGAGCGGUGAAAACUAUUAGAAGCAACUCUCAAGAUGGUAGCUUCAAAACAUUAGAAAACUGGACGCUUUAUGAUCCAGCUUACGAUAUUAAUAACCCUCAUGGAACUGCACACUUUAGUAUAGUGGAUUCUCAUGGUAAUGCUGUCUCUUUGACAACGACAGUCAAUCUGUUGUUCGGUUCCCUGGUACAUGACUCAAAAACAGGGGUAAUUUUCAAUAAUGAAAUGGAUGAUUUCGCUCAAUUUAACAGAUCUAACAGUUUUGAACUGGCUCCCUCCAUAUACAAUUUCCCCGAACCUGGAAAAAGGCCUUUAUCAUCUACUGCACCAACCAUCGUACUAUCAGAACUGGGGAUCCCAGACCUUGUGGUGGGUGCGUCGGGUGGUUCAAGAAUCACUACGAGUGUUUUGCAAGCAAUUGUGAGGACUUACUGGUAUAAUAUGCCUAUAUUAGAAACAAUAGCCUAUCCACGUAUACACCAUCAGUUACUGCCCGACCACGUCGAAGUGGAAAGUUUCUCUAUGGUUGGUAAAUCUGCACUGCAUACCUUAAAGGAAAUGGGAUAUACGAUGAAAGAAGUAUUUCCCAAGAGCGUUGUUAACGCUAUACGCAAUGUAAGGGGGGAAUGGCAUGCGGUAAGUGACUAUUGGAGAAAAAGAGGAAUCUCCUCCGUAUAUUGA